AUGUCGGACAUUUGUUUUCCUAGGCACAGCAAACAGCUUACUCUCUCUACCAAAAAUACUUACGGAUAUGUACAUAUCCCGCCCUUGGAGCCAUCAACCUCAACAGUCUUGUUCCUGCACGGGUUUCCAUCCUCGUGUUACGAUUGGCGUCAUCAGAUCAAGUUUUUCUCGAAUCAGGGGUAUGGGGUUCUCGCUCCAGAUCUGCUAGGCUAUGGCGGCACUAGCAAACCUGCCUCGGUCCUAGAAUACCGCACUAAGCGAAUGGCCGGGGAAAUGAGGGAGAUACUAAAACACGAGAAAUUAGGCAAAGUCCAUGCUGUUUCUCACGAUACGGGAAGCAUAUUGCUUUCGCGAAUGGCGGAUUACCAUCCUGAGCUACUGCUUUCGUGCACGUUCUUGGCGGUACCUUAUUCGAAGCCCGCCGAUCAUUUUGAUCUAGAAGCUAUCAAUGCAAUGACAAAGAACAUUAUGGGCAAGGAAAAGUUUGGAUAUUUGAACUUUUUCAUUGAAGAAAAUGCGGGCCAAUUGAUAGAUGAACACAGCGAUUCCUUUUUUACUGUCUUCUAUCCCGAGGACCCCGCGAUAUGGAACGAUCAUGUUGGUCCUACCGGUGCGUUGAAAGCUUGGCUUAGAAGCGAUCACCAAGCAGAAUUGGCCUCGUUUAUAACAGAAGAGGUAAUCAUCUUAUAUCAAUUUAACCCCAAAUUAUCUCAAGACCUAACGUUACAGGAACGGACAAUCCAUCAAAAGAUUAUGGAAGGGCAUCAUAAGUCUGCUCUAAAUUGGUAUCGUAUGUUAGUUUCGAACUUGAACGAGGAAGAUGAGCGCGAAGCUUGUUUAUCUGGCAAGUUGUCUCUACCAGUGCUCAUACUCAACCCGGCACCUGGCUCUUCUCUGGGCCCCAAUAUUGAGGAAGCGAUGAGGGCAGUAGCCGAAAAUUUGACUUUCCAUGAGGUCCAUACCCAUGGACAUUGGUUGCAAUUGGAAGCAAGGAAUGAGGUUAAUGCUGCGCUGAAAAAGUUCAUUCAAGCCUGUGAUGUCGCUCUAUCCAAGUCGUGA